UGUUAUCCCCCAUCCACUCUUACGUACUCGGUGCUGCUAAUGUAAAAACAAUGAGCUUUUGUACGGGGGCAUUGGUGAGUAAUUCGAUGAAAUUAAAAUGGGUGAAAAUUGCCUCUAAAGCCUAGAAUGCUUCAAGUAGCGAAUGUAUGCAUAAAACAAUAAGGGAGGGCUAGUGUGAUAUCAGGAUGCUGCCUCAACAGGUUGGAGUUGGUGCAAGGUUGGAUGGACGGAUGGAGUUAAUAGACGGAUCAAUUGACUCCCGAGUUUCCAGCAUGAUUGUAACUUAUCCCUCGAACAAGCCAGCAACAGGGCCACCGAAUGCUCAGGAAUUAGCAUGAUUGAGUCGUGAGUCAGUGAUUGGUGUGUCAGGAGACCCGUGAGAAAUUGUUGAAACCGAAUCGUGCACCCGUUUUGCGAUUCAUUGACUCAAGGAAUUCAAAGAUCAUUCCAGGUUUGGAAGAGAAAUUGAGUAUCAAUGCGUCUCUCACUCCUUUGAACACAGUCUUGAUUCCACUUUGAGCACCGAGGCUGAUUUCUCGUCUCUUGGAACUGUGGAAAUCAUGGAGGUUCAACUAGAGAGGAGCCAUUUGGCCAGACGUUAUCCCAUCAAGUUGGAUUCCUGUUCUAGUCGAAGUCCAAGCUCCUCACCAAAUUCCCAGAAAGUUAGAUCCAAUUUCUUCCGGAAUGGAAACAAAUCGGUCAGCCCGUCAAGUUCGUUUGAAAAGAGGUACAGUGAAAGCUACAAUGCCACCGAGGAGAUUUCUAUCCCGCCGGGGUCAAGCAUCAACAAGGGCCCCAGUUCCGCUCCAACACCCAACCCUCGGUCCUCGAGCCGCAAUCUGAACCUAAGAAAUGGGGGACGGAGAACUUCGAUGACCCAAACAGAUGAGUCCUCAUUUAAUGCGGGAUACUACUAUGCCAGGGGACAACGCUAUUCCUCACAUUCCCCCUCAUCCUACCCAAAAGCUAGACCCCGAAAGUUCAGCGAGAACAUGAUUUGCAACCGAACCCUUGUCUUGAAGAAUUUUGAAGCUGGACAUCCAAAGUCGUCGAGUGGAACGGGAGAAUACCAUUCGUACUACAUUCAACCCUCAUGGAAGGAGAGAUCGAAAACUUAUCAUGCAUUUGGCCCCAAGCACAACGUGUCCGGAAGAUCCAAUUCCGCCAACUCAAUGUCUACCAAUUGUAUUCAAAGGCCCUUUUCUUAUGAGCAAGGAACGUCAAACCUUAUGAAACACAGAGGUCGAUCAUUGUCCCCCAUGGGUCAAUAUGGAAUGACCAUACCAUUCUCAACCAGAUUAGUGAAGAGCGCGGAUAAGUCAAUGAAGACUCCUCGCCGGGUGGACUUACCUAUUCUUCCGGACUCUGUGAAGACUAUUGAACAACUAGAUGAACUGGCAUUGGAGAAGUCGUCGAAUCGUUCUUCAGCCCCCAUGCCACCAAAGAGAUCUGGAUCACCGCAAUAUUCUGUCCGCUCUCUGCGAUCCCUCAGUCCCACACGAGAAAAGAUUGACCAAGCCUUGGCUACCUUGAAGUCCAGCCCGUUGGCAAACCAAAACAGCUCCAUUUCUACCAAUCAUCGUCCUGCAUAUUCGAAUAGAACAUGCGAGGGAAUAAGGUCUAGCGACAAUGUUUCAUCAAUGGUUCAAAGUAGCCCCAAAACGGAACGUCGAUCAGAGAAAGAAAGGUUAACUUCGUUCAUGACCCCAGUUCCAAUGGAAAUGGUUCAAAAUGAAGGCGAGCGACAAACAACCAACGUUUUAAAUGAUACUCCACAGUACAGCCAUUAUGUGGUAGUAGCCAUCGAUUUUGGAACCACUUAUAGUGGAUAUGCCUUCAGUUUUACUCAUGAUACUGACACUGUUCAUAUCAUGAGAAAAUGGGAAGGUGACGACCCCGGAAUGAACAAUCAAAAAACACCCACCAUCCUAUUAUUGAACCCGAACAAGCAAUUCCAUUCCUUUGGUUUUUCAGCCAGAGACUUUUAUCACGAUUUGGUACCAGAUGAAGCCAAAAAGUGGUAUUUCUUUGACAAAUUCAAAAUGAUCCUACAUCAUAAUAAGAAAAUCGACCGCUCCACCAAAGUGAAGUCGGCCAAUGGAUGUGAACUCUCUGCUCUUGAAGUGUUUUCACAUACCUUGAAAUACUUCAAGGAUCAUGCUCUCAAGGAACUCUCUGAUUCCAUUGGUUCCAAAGUAGUGAUGGAUGACGUGAGAUGGGUAGUUACGGUACCCGCCAUCUGGCGCCAACAGGCAAAGCAAUUUAUGCGCGAGUCAGCUUACGCGGCUGGCAUUGGAAGUCCCAAAAUCCCCGAUCAAGUCUUGAUCGCCCUGGAGCCCGAAGCAGCAUCUAUCUAUUGUCGGAAAUUGAGACUGAAUCAAUUGAUGCCAGACCGACCAAAGUCCAUCUUUUAAGAUCACCAAGAUCCAGAUAAGGUGUCCUUGUCUUCGGAUUUUGUUCUUGAAGAAUCUGGCUCAGAGUGGCAAACUAACUCACUAACCACAACUCGUUUUGAUCCUGUUGACGAGGACAACGAAAACACUAACAUUCUUGUCAAUGAUCUUCUCCACCAAGGUGGAAGGUACAUGGUUGUGGAUUGUGGUGGUGGAACCGUUGACAUUACGGUUCAUGAGAUCACCAACAAAGAGGGUCAGCUUAAAGAGCUUUUCAAAGCCACCGGAGGACCUUAUGGAUCCACUAGCGUAGAUGAAGCCUUUGAAGAGCUUUUGAGCGAUGUACUGGGACAAGAAUUGCUGCUGCAAUUCAAGAAGAAAAGGCCCAUGGGUUAUAUUGACCUCAUGAUUGCUUUCGAAUCCAGGAAAAGGAGUUGCUCUCCGUAUAAAAUGACUCCUUUGAACGUGGCUGUACCCUUCUCCCUCAUAGACUUCUACAAACGACAAAAAGGAAAAGAUAUUGGAUCUGCAGUGAACAAGUUUGGUCAUCGAGGGAUUUCUUGGGCUUCACACGGAAUGAUUCGCCUCGAUGUCAAAACCAUGCGUCAACUCUUUCAAGCCCCAAUUGAAAAAAUCAAGGAGCACAUUUCCCGAUCUUGGAUGACAAAUCAUUUGCCCAAGCAGAGGAUAUCCGCAACGUGGAUGCCUUGAAUUGUGCCGGAAUUGUGCAACUGUUUUUGGUUGGGGGCUUCUCAGAAUCGGCAUUGGUUCAAGAGGAAAUUCGUUCAGCCUUCCGUGCAAGAUUAACGUCAUUAUCCCGCAG